AUGAAUCUAUCAAUUCCUCAAGAUAUAGUCAUUGAAAUAUUGUCAUGGCUUCCUGCUAAGUCUUUAAUGCGUUUCAAGUGUGUUACCAAAUUCUUUAAUUCUCUUGUUUUUAAAUCAAAUUUUACGGAUAUACAUAGAUGUCGAUCUCUGACCCGUCCCAGUGGAAAAAAGUUAUUUUUGCACGGAAGUAAAUUUGAUUGCACCUCUGAUCAGCAAAAGGAAGAUGGAAUAAACUCUGCCUCCAUUCUUCAAAUUGAGAGUUUUGGUGAACUCUCCUUUCAUAUCCAUGUAGAUCCUCGUUUGAAUUGUGUUAACGAUUUAUUUUUACUUUGGCAACCAUUAUCUGUGCAACCUGCUACAAUCUUAAAUCCUAGUACAAGAGAAGUGAAAUUGCUUCCAAGCCUAAUCAAAGGUUUUUCUUGGUGUCACUAUUCAUUCGGUUUUGAGCCCGAAGAAAAGAAGUACAAAGUUCUUUCGACAGCAAAAUAUGAUCAAGAAGGUUACAUAAAAAACAGGGUUUUCACUUUAGGCAUAGAUGAGACAUGGAGAGAGACUAAACACAAUCCCUCCACUAUUCAUUGCAAGCCCGGGAUUUGUAUCAAUGGAGUUAUCUAUAGGUUUGUUUUCCACAGAGGACUUCUUGCUAUAGCUGAAUUUGAUGUUAAAACUGAAAAUUCCAAACUUAUUGCAUUGGGGGAUGCCCUUCACGGGUGGUCUUUGAUGUUUAUAGAGCUGAAGGGUAAACUAGCUGUCAUUGAUUAUAAAACACGUUCACCUGAAUAUAUCCAGUUGCUUGUUUUAGAAAAAACUCGAAACGUAGAAGAAUGGAAGAGUCAUAUCAUUCAGUUGCCUUCAACAUGGAAUACUUUAACAUGGAAGGACAUGCAACAAGGAGUCAUACCCGAUGACAUAUUAUCAUGCACGUCUUGUGAUGAUGAGAUUUUAUUCAUCGCGAAUUUAAAGUCAGAUUCUUCAUUGGAUCACGUUAAUGGUUUAUUUUUGCGUUUGGGAACCCUUAUCUGCUAUAGCUGCAUUUGA